AUGGCGGACGACUUCAUCGACGUGACUACAGAUAGCGAGUUCUUCGGACUCACUACUUUUGCCAACCUGCCAUACGUCAAUUGCUUCAAGCCGGAUGAUAGCGAGGCGGGCAAAUAUGAUAUUGCGAUACUCGGCGCUCCUUUUGAUACAAGUGUCACAGGUAGGCCUGGUGCUCGGUUUGGACCUGCUGGAAUUCGCAGAGGAUCACAACGGAUUGCACCGGGUGACGCUUGGAACAUUUACACGGGAGAGAAUACUUUCAUGUCGUGGGCAAAGAUCGUGGACUGUGGUGAUGUGCGAAUGACCUUUCUCGACAACAGAAUCGCACUGAAGCAACUUGAGAAAGCGCACGAGAUCAACCCCAGUCAUAUACCACGUAUCGUUGUUCUGGGUGGUGACCACACAACCACUCUCGCGGCGCUCCGCUCGACAUAUGAUCGGUUCGGUGCUGUGUCCGUGAUCCAUUUCGACAGUCACCUCGAUACUUGGGAUCCAAAAGUGCUUGGUGGAAAUCUCUCUACGUAUGCUGGUGUGAAUCAUGGAACUUUCCUCCAUAUUGCUCACGAAGAGGGACUCAUUCUCAAUUCGUCCAUCCACGCAGCUGUGCGUGCUCCUGUUAUGCGCGAGAAAGACGACCUCUCCAACGACCAUCGCUGCGGCUUUUCGAUCAUCACCGCUCGAGAUAUCGAUCUCAUCGGUUCACAAGGCGUCAUAGACGCCUUGAAGAAGCGGGUUGGUGACAACAAAGUGUACAUCAGUCUCGACAUUGACUCGCUGGACCCGGCAUUUGCUCCCGCAACCGGAACUUCAGAGCCAGGCGGAUGGUCUACACGCGAGAUGUUGACGAUUAUUGAUGGUUUGAAGGGGCUUCAAGUAGUGGGUGCGGAUGUGGUUGAAGUUGCGCCCGUCUAUGACAAUCCAGGAGAGACAACUGUUCUUGCGGCUGCAGAAAUCGUUCAGUCGCUGCUGACGCUUAUGGUCCAAAUGCCGAUAGAUUCGUAG